AUGGGCUCCAUCUCAUGGUGUGGGCCUCAGUCAAAUGGAGAAGUCCUGAAGAUAUUCACUUUCCUUGCUUUUCUGGGAGCUGCUGUUGCUCUCCCUGCUAGUGAUGAUGAUGGCAAGAUCAUUGGAGGUUACAACUGUCUGAAGAAUUCCGUUCCUUACCAGGUGUCAUUGAAUGAUGGCCUUGGACAUCAGAGUGAGCCUAGCUUUUUACAGCUGAGCCAUCUUUCCAGCUGCUCCCUCAUCAACAGUGCAUACUGUCUGCAGCUCACUAAUCAGGUUUGCCUGAGAGAACACAAUAUUCAGGUCCUUGAGGGUGGGGAGCAAUUUAUUGAUGCAGAAAAGAUAAUUCGCCACCCCAAGUACAACAAAGACACUGCAGACAAUGAUAUCAUGCUGAUUAACCUGAAGUCGCCUGCUAUCCUCAACUCCCAAGUGUCCACAAUCUUUCUGCCCAGAUCCUGCUCAUCUACAGGUGUUCAAUGCUUUGUGUCUGGCUGGGGAAAUACUGCAAAUACCCAGAUUUUUCAGUGUCUGGAAGCCCCUGUCCUUUCUUCCAGUUCAUACAAAAAUUCCUACCCAGGCAAGAUCACCAGCAACAUAUUCUGCCUUGGCUUCCUGGAGGGUGGAAAGGACUCCUGCAAUGGGGACUCUGGUGUCCCUGUCAUCUGCCAUGAAGAGAUCCAGGGCAUCGUUUCCUGGGGUACAGGAUGUGCACUGAGAGGCAAGCUUGGUGUCUAUACCAAGGUCUACAACUACCUGAGCUGGAUUCGGGAGACCAUGGCUGCCAACUUGAGUUCUCUUCCCUUUCAUUAA